UUCGCUCAAGAAUUGAAUGCUUCUCCUUGCUGAGAUGGAGUGUACUGGAUAUACUAAGCAGGAGCCAGCUUAUGAGCUGCAUGAACUGGCAUGGCUGCAGCAACCCUCCUUGACAUUAUCUUCUCCACGGUUUCUCUUGUCCUUUCUGUUAUUUCUUUAAUUGUCUCCUCAUCGGGCCUUUGCAUGUCUGGGUCAUCUGGAUUCAUUUCCUCCUUUGGAACCAGAGGAAAUAGCCACAUGGAUUUCAGGGAAAGCAUCGCCAUCUCCAAAAUCCUCCAGCAAGAGCGGGGUCCAGCCUUUCCUGUGUCCUCCAGCAACCACAGGAUCCAGCCUUUCCUGUGUCCUCCAGCAAGAGCGGGGUCCAGCCUUUCCUGUGUCCUCCAGCAACCGCAGGAUCCAGCCUUUCCUGUGUCCUCCAGCAACCGCAGGAUCCAGCCUUUCCUGUGUCCUCCAGCAACCGCGGAUCCAGCCUUUCCUGUGUCCUCCAGCAAGAGCGGGGUCCAGCCUUUCCUGUGUCCUCCAGCAAGAGCGGGGUCCAGCCUUUCCUGUGUCCUCCAGCAACCGCGGAUCCAGCCUUUCCUGUGUCCUCCAGCAAGAGCGGGUCCAGCCUUUCCUGUGUCCUCCAACAACCACAGGAUCCAGCCUUUCCUGAUCCAGCCUUUCCUGUGUCCUCCAGCAAGAGCGGGGUCCAGCCUUUCCUGUGUCCUCCAACAACCGCAGGAUCCAGGCUUUCCUGUGUCCUCCAGCAACCGCAGGAUCCAGGCUUUCCUGUGUCUGUGCGAGGAAGGCUCCAUUCGAGAGGAGUCCAGAGAGGUGUGCUGUGGUCUCUGA